UCCCAAUCUAUCAAGAACAAAACUUUAAUUUAGGGUUUAUUAUUCAUAUCCAUAUCAUCUCGUGCCUUCCAAAUCCAAUUUCACCGUCGGAAAGUACUUCUUGGUAAAUUUUCGUUUGAUGAGUCUGCCGCCCGAGCAACAUUCUAUGAGCCAACAAGAAAAUGCUAUUAGAGGAUCUGAAGUGUUCGUUUGUGGGUUGCGUCAUUGCUAUUCAGAGGAUAAACUCCGCGAGUUAUUUUCUGCUUGCGGAGAAAUUGUGGAAAUCCGUACAACGAGGUUCAAGGAAGGCAAUUUAAAGGGAUUCUGCUUUGUUAGGUUCGCAACAAAAGAAUCUGCUGCCAGAGCUGUGAGGGAAUUAUCUGGCACUGUGAUGGAGGGGAAGAAGAUUGUUGUUCGUCUAUCAAGUGAGCAAGAUACUUUAUAUCUUGGGAACCUCGACAAAGCAUGGAGUGCUGAAGAAUUUGAAAGAAUGGUACUUGAGGUUUUCCCCGGCAUUGAAACCAUUGAGCUUCCAAUGCUUAAAGGCACGCUAGCAGGUCAAAAGCAAGUGAAUCGUGGUUUUGCAUUUGUGAAAUUUAUCUCCCAUCCUAAUAGCUUUAGUGAUUUGGACAUUCAGUCCUCUGUUUUGCCCAUUCAUAGAUCUCCAAUUGAACGUGUCUACAUUGCCGCCAGACGAGCUCAUCGGGUGUGUUCUCAACCAGAUUUUCGUCUUGGGAAUUUGCACCCAGAUGUUCAGUGGGCAGAAGAAGAAAAUGAAAUUGACCCGAAUGAACAUGCUAAGAUAAAAGUAGCAUUUGUCAGAUAUCUACCUGUUAAUGCAGAAGAGUACUAUUUGAAGCAACUGUUUGAGCCAUAUGGCAAGAUUGAGAAAGUAGUGGUGUCGAAAAACGGUAGCUCCGCUGUUGGGUUUGUUCAUUUUAUGGAGAGAUCGGAUCUUGAAAGGGCCAUCAAGGAACUGAAUGAGAAGACAGUCCAAGGACCUAGUGGAGGCCCAGUGUAUAAACUCCAGGUUGAAAUUGCAAGACCUAUGGACAAUAACAAGAAGCGAGUUCUUGAGAAUUCUGAAUGUACUUCCGUUCAGGAUCAUCCUAAACACUCAAAACCCGAUAUUCAUAGUUCUCUGGUCCAGAGAGAAAUUGAACCUGCUGACCCUUACGAGGAGGCCGUAAUAGCAUUACCUUUAGCUAUUGAUGUCAGAAGUUUAUGCAGCCUUAGUGAAAUACCCGAGCCUAACGCUAUAUCUGUUCUUGAUCAGUUCAUGUUAUCUGGAGCUUCUUUGCCGAAUAAGGGAGAAUAUUUAGACGGGUUGAUUUCUAGAUAUCUGGUCGACAAAUCGAGGUCGAACCAGAGCCUGGACACUUUCUCGAGAGUAGUUGCCGAAAAUACAAGGAAUGAGUCGAGUCUUUUCAGAAUCUCGCAUCAAGUGUCUCCACACUCAACUGCAGCUAGGCCCGACAUUUAUGCCACGAGCUAUUCAUCGCCACACUCGAGUCUUCCUUUGCUAAACCGAGCUCCAACAGGCCACGUGGACAAGCAUGAUUUCCCAAAAUACCCUUCACCAGUUGAGUCCGAUCGAAGUCCACUCCCCAAAAUACACAAACAUACACUUGAAGAAAGAAGUCUUUAUCCGUAUGAGUCGAGGCAGGUCUCGAAAGAACCUGGUUUGAAUUUGGUUCAACCUCAGAUUAUGUUCGACCCGUUUACCGGUGAACCGUACAAAUUUGAUCCCUUUACAGGGGAGCCCAUUUGUCCGGAGAAUACAGAAUCACGUCGAAUAUUCUGAUUCGCUCUCCGUUGUGUGUUUUU